CAUCAGAAUCCUAUUCCUUGGACCCACCUCUCCGCCGCUGACUGACCCUGUCCUGGCACACAAGCCAUUUACUCUUAGGCGCAGCACCCCCCAGCCACAGUCAUGCUCCCCAACUGUCGCCAUGGCCUCCCCCAAGCUCACAACAGCUGAUGGCCAGAACACAGGCUCCGGCCUCUCUGGUCAGUAUGAUAACAACUCAUCACACUCAGACAGCCCCGAAAUUGCAGAGGAUCAAUCGCCGAACAACGAUGUCGCCGACGACCAGGGGCCAAAGCCACAGCCUCUGCAAAAGAGGCGGCGUGUAACCCGCGCAUGCGACGAGUGUCGACGCAAGAAAAUCAAGUGUGAUGGAAAACAACCAUGCACUCAUUGCACAGUCUACAGCUAUGAAUGCACGUACGAUCAACCAUCCAACCGUAGGCGAAAUGCGACACCACAAUACAUUGAGGCCCUUGAGAGCCAACUGAAGCGUGCCAAAGCUCUAUUGCACGUUGUAUUUCCCACCAUAGACCUGAACGACCCCAGUAUUGACGCCCACCUUCAAAAUGGACUACUGCCGCAAAUGUCUGUAGCAGCGCCGCGACCUUCGGUGAUGCCUACUGACCCACGUUUGUCGCAUCACCACGCCAAUCUACAACCCGAACCGGCAGAUGACUCCCACCUGGAAGCAAUGGUGAAAGCUACCGGCCAGUUGGACCUGGAUGAAGAAGGUAACUGGGACUACCACGGCCACUCUUCAGGGCUCAGCUUCAUGAGAGGAUUGCGACAAUUCGGAGAUAUGUUCCAAGUGCCGCCGGAUUCCUCACCUUCUCUCAAGCACCGUAACAUGUCUGUAGACCCUCCCUCACCCUCUUCGACACGAUCGCCUGCUGCAUCGUCGACUGCGCUACCAUCAGGAACAGAGUUGCCAACCAAGAAGGAAGCCAUCAGCCUGUGCGAGAAAGCUAUAAUCGAUGCAAGUGCAAUGCAACGGGUCGUUCACAUGCCAACCUUCUACAAGCAGCUGGAUCGCAUGUACGAGACCCCUACCGAGAGCUACACUAAUGCGGAGAACAACUUCUUGCCGUUGCUGUACGCUGUGCUGGCCUUGGGCAAGCUGUUCUCGCAAGGCGAACACGAGGUGGACAAGACCAACUAUGAGUCGGUGGCCGAUGAAGGCUUCCGCUACUUCAAGGCUUCGCGCCAACUGCUCGACAUCACCGACUGCCGCGACCUGACGUCACUACAAGCGAUCGUUUUCAUGAUACAAUUCCUUCAGUCCUCGGCAAAGCUCAGCACCUGCUAUGCUUAUAUUGGUGUUGCGCUCCGAUCAGCUCUGCGCAUGGGUCUGCACCGCUCAUUCAACAGCAGCUUCAAUCCUAUUGAGGCCGAAACUCGCAAGCGCCUCUUCUGGGUUAUUCGACGAAUGGAUACAUACGUGGGCGCGAUGCUCGGUCUUCCGCGAUUCUUGGAAGAUGAGGACAUCGACCAAGAGUUUCCUGUCGAGGUGGACGACGAAUACAUCACCGAAACUCAGAUCUUGCCCAUGCCCGAGGGAAGCAUCUCUGUGAUGUCGGCUUUCAAUGCACACACGAGAAUCGUGCAAGUGCUCAGCAAGAUCUGCAGAUAUGUUUACCCCAUCAAGGGCACUCAGUUUGGCGGCAAGAACUCGGUCACAUACACAGUCAAAUAUUCCAAGAUCCGCGAACUCGAACAAGACCUAGCACAGUGGCUCGACGAGCUGCCUAUGGCUCUCAAGCCUGGUGGUGAAGCACCACACAUCAUCAUCCGGUAUGUUUCUCCGUCAUUCUCUACAUUUGACCGCCACUCACCGACCCACAGAGUGCAACAACUACUCCGUAUGGCCUUCGGGCAUGCACAACUCCUUCUCUACCGCCCGUUCCUGCACUACGUAUCAUCGACAUACAAAGACAGUACGACCGACCAGCGAGCCUUCGCUUGCGCCUCGGCAUGCGUGAGCGUGUCUCGCAACAUUAUUCACAUCACUUCCGAGAUGAGGCGACGUGGCUUACUAGCUGGAGCGUACUGGUUCUCUAUGUACACAACGUUCUUCGCCAUUGUUUCGAUCCUUUACUUUGUCCUCGAGAACCCGAACAGUCCCACAAGCCUUGAACUACUGCGCGAUGCAGCGGAGGGAAAGGAGGUACUGGCCUACUUCGCAAAGACAAGCAUGGCAGCAGACAGGUGCAGCUCAGCUCUCAACGUGGGUCCCUCCAGGGUCAAGUUGCACAUGACAUACUUACAAGUCCUCCAGAGCAUGUUCGAGAGGCUACCUGAAGCGGUCAAGCAAGGAAGGGAGAUCCAGGAAUCGAGGAAGCGCCGCCAGGACAGCUCACCACAAUUGAUCGGGUCACGACCGCAGUUCUCUGAGAGUGAUUUGACAAUACCACGCCGCGCCAGCACCUUCCCCGAGAGCCAUCCAGAUUCUAAGCGCACCGCUCACGGCCCAGCACUGCCAAUAUCUCAGACGCAUUACGCUAGCCUUGGAUUGGACCCUUCGUUCAACUCACCGUCACCGUCGAAUGCGGAUUUCUUCGAGGCAGUACCUGGGCUCACCCCCACGUCUUCUAACGCAAGCCUAGGACAAUUCGGUGCUUUGCCAAACCGCGCUUCAUUUCCGCCUACGCCGUUAUCGAACGCCUUCGCAGAUCCUUCCGGCCUGAGCGUUCCAAUCUCGGACAUCUCGACAAUGAUGUUCACUUCCGCCGAUCCCCUAGCCUACCCGAAUCCACCCAUGACUACAUUCGAGAACAAGCAUCCUCAAGCUUUCGACCGCAGACUUGAGACGUCCUCUGUGAUUGGUUCCACAUCCGGUAUCGAUAUGAAGGCGUAUCCCGCGAUGUUCGCUCCAAGCAGUGUGCCUGCCACGCGACGCCACGAAAGUGAGGCUCAACUCUUCGGUUCCAUGCCCAUGUAUCUGAUGCAGGCUGCGCAAGCUCAAAGAGUCCACCCGCUACACUCUGGCAGCCCAAGUAUGCAACAUAUUACUGGACAGAACAUGCAAUUCGACGAACUACUCAAUCAGGAAGAGUGGGCACAGACCUUCAUGGACCCCGGCAUGGGUAUAUCUAGCUCGAGGACGCCGUUUGGUGGAAAUGCACAAUUUCAGCCGCCUGGUCAAGGAUUAGGUAGCUGGCGAUGAGGUCGUUUACUGAUCGUAAUCGCUGAGGUCAUUGUUGUGGCUGUUGGUCGGAUUUGCGCACAAUUGACGAGCAGAGACCUCGAAUGGCGACCUGGAUCUACACGUUCUCGACGAUCAUACGCAGAUGAUGCGGCUUUCUGCAUUGGAAUCUCAUUACAGCAUCGACUUGACUGGAAUCUCAUCAACACCGAACAACUCUUCACAGCGCGCGGGGAAUCUGCGAAUAUCGCUUUGUCAGCGUACCUUACCCCCCGAGAUAUUGCGACCCUCGAAACCUUCAGCCCCCUAAGACCACCAGACGGCCGGCCCCACACGACUUGCAUUAACCGCCUGAAAGGCAGACAGCCUUUCUUCAUCAUAGCAUCACCUCAUCCUGACGAUAUAC